AAAUGAAGGAUUUGUUGGAUGAUUCUUCGAAUCAUUUGUAGUCAUCUGACGCAACUGGUAGUAUUGUAUGGUCAACAGAGGAUGUGUUUGCCAAAGUGAUGGGUAAGGAGCGCAAAGGUCGUAUUUGUGGGGUAGGAUUUGGUCCAAGCCCAAGUGGUCAAAGUAGCAAGAGUGCUCUCACAGACAUUGAAAUACACUCAAGUCAAGCAAGGGACAAUGAAGUUGCACAACUGAAGGCUUCCUUGGCUACUAUGGAGGAUAAACUUGUAAGUUUUGACGAAAUGAAGGAAAGACUUAGUCAAUUCGAAGAAAUGGAGCAAAGAAUGGCUCGCAUGUUUCAACAAAUGCAACAAAGUUCUUCCCAAUGCAAUCAGGAUGUUCCUUUGGCUCAACAAUCUCCAGCUCUCCAAAAAUCGUCAGCCGCAUCCUAUCAACCAAGCAGCUUAUAAGUUUUAUCUUGGUGUUCAAGAACUUUUUUGUGUACAAAGAACUACGGAAGAACAACCGCAUUUUUUGCAAGUGUUGGAUAUUGUUAAACACUUUAGAACUGUGAUUAUAGUAUUAGCUUAAUUUGAGCGGUUGUUUUAUUCAAAGGACCACAUCCUUUUUUGUUAAGCUUAUGAUGGUGGUUAUAGAUAACAUUAUGUAUUUGAUAAUCGAUAUUUCUAUAUUAAUAUUACGUUAAUUUGGAGACA